AUGUAUUUGUUCAAGGUCUGUUCCUUCACAAAUUACGGAGCAUUCGAAAAGAGCAGAAUCAGAAACAUCAGAUUAUUUGGAGUGAUGCUCUUCUUGUGCUGUGACAAUUUAUUCGACUGGAAUACUCUGUAUGAAAAUAUUGAACUAGUGAAACGGACAUGUAAUGAACUAAUUGUGUUUACAGUGGUAUUCACCAUAUUGACUAUUGUUGCAGUAACAUUCGAUUGCAUUGAUACAAACAUAAUGGUAUUAAAUCAUUGA